AUGAACGCGGCAAAGGAAGUUGCCGUUAGUCUCAAGAACGCGGGCCUAAAUAAAUUUGACGUCAUUCCACAGAACAACCCCAUCCAAUUCGACGGCUUCAGCUGUGGCGUAUUCGUUUGCUGGAUGUUCAUCCGCCAGAUAACCUCCGUGCCCCCUCAAAAUAUGAGUGACGCUUCGCUUCCAAGGCGCCGGUUCGAACUGUUCUGCUACCUACUUACAGGUCGUCUACUUCCGGCGGAGGCUGUUGCGACUGCUUUGACGGAGGAAAAAGCUCCGGCGCCAGAGACCGAGGACAAUGAUAUGGACGAAGAAGAGGUGGCCCCAAUCCAAGUUGCUGACAAGUGA